AUGUCAAUAUCUCGUCUUCGUGCUCUCCCGGAGCUCCAGAAGCAGUAUAAUAUAUUCACCCAUAUAGAUGUUGAAGGGGUCAAGAACAGUUACAAAAGUCUGAAGGAUGGCAUUCUUAGCGGGCUACUAUGUGGUAUAAAGGACAACAUUGUUACUAAAGAUAUGCCUACUACAUGUGGCUCGGAGAUACUACGUGGAUAUCAAUCACCAUACGAUGCAACAGUUGUAAAGCUAUUAAAGCAGGAAGGUUCAAUUGUUUUAGGGAAGACAAACUUAGAUGAAUUUGGUAUGGGUUCUCGAGGAAUUCACUCCUGUUUUGGACCCACCUUCAAUCCAUUAUAUCCAGCUGCUGAUAAGGUUAUAAUGGGAGGAUCAUCAUCAGGUUCUGCAGCAGCUGUUGUUUCUGAAGCAGUUGAUUUCAGUCUAGGGACUGAUACCGGGGGUUCGGUAAGGCUCCCGGCUACUUAUGGUUCGAUAUAUGGAUUCAAACCAUCAUAUGGAAGAAUUUCAAGGUAUGGUGUUAUUGCUUAUGCACAGUCUCUGGAUACUGUUGGUAUUUUGACUAAAAAUAUAAGCACGCUAAGAAAGGUUUAUCAUGUACUUGAUAAGUACGAUGAUAAGGACCCGACAUCACUAGAAAACUCAUACCGAGAUCAGAUACUUGGAAUUCAUGAGAGAAAUACUAUUAAAGAGAGAAAGAAAUAUCGCAUUGGCAUAGCAAAAGAGUUCAGCCAAGAUAGCAUACCGGAGACAAUUAUGGAGGCCCUAUUAGCAUUCGUUAAGAAACUCUUAGAUUUAGGGCAUGAUGUCGUUCCAAUUUCUAUUCCAUCGAUCAAGAAUGCCUUGCCUAUUUACUAUACUCUUUCACCUGCAGAAGCUGUAUCAAACCUGUCACGUUUUGACGGUAUUCGUUACGGUUACAGAGAUCAAGAAUCAGAUAUGAGUGAUAACGUGAUGUUUGCGCCAACAAGGAAGCAAUUCGGUAGAGAAGUUAAAAAUAGAAUAUUACUAGGAAAUUACAACUUAUGUUCAGAAUCAUUUAAAAAUAAUUACAUUAGAGCACAGAAAUUACGGGUACAGCUUAUUGAUGAAAUGGAUUCUGUAUUCAGAUAUCCAAAUGUGUUACUGAAUAACAAAGAAACUACGAAGUCUGAAACAAAUGUUGACUUUUUAAUUAGCUUGACUACUCCAAGUUUACCUAAAAAGUUAGAAGAUUUUAGCGUAAGCGAUUUAGAUACACCGACAAAGGAAUAUAUUAAUGAUGUAUUCACGAUGCCAAUGUCUCUAGCGGGUCUACCAACACUUUCUAUUCCAAUAAUUCCAGGUCAACCAAUUGGUGUGCAAUUAGUUGGUCAAUAUGGCUUUGAUGAAAUGGUGUUGGACUUUGCUGAAAUGAUCCAAUGA